AUGAUAUUUAGAAUUACUAAACUUUACUUGGUUUGCACUUCCAAAUUUGCAUAAGAGGAGGUAUUUAUUUUAAAUGCGAUUACUUUUAAGGAUGUUUUGUCAAAAAAUACAAUUAUCAUUUAAUCUAAUUUUAUUGUUUCAGAUCUUAAUCAAAUUUAUAAUUUAGAAACCAUGAAGAAGUUGAAAGAGUGUUAUGAUAGGUUGAUCAAACUUGGAGUGGAAAGGCUACAUCUAGAUGCAAAAGCUGGAAAUUAUGUUCCCCACCUGCUAUUAUCAAAUGUUUAUCCUACAGAUUGUUAAAAUUGGGCCUUCAUUGAUUUACAUUGUAUGAUAUAGGAACCUAGCAAAUUUAUAAAGGAUCUUUCCAAUGAAGGUUGCCAUUAGAUGACUAUUUAUUUUGAAUAAGAAAUUGCCAAAAUUUAUGAAUUAUCAUAAAUGAUUAAUGAUGCAACCAGUAGGCCAGCCUUAGAAAUGAAACCUAAAGCACUCAUUGAUCACUCAUUAAUAGAAAUUUUCGAUAAAUAAUUAUUUGACCUGAUCUUAAUUAUGAUAGUAACUAUAAAAAAAUCACCUAAUCAAAGAAACUAAAUUCGUCGACAAAAUUUGAUGGAUGAUAUCAUAUCUAAAUUAAUUCAACUUAGAAAAAGACAACCUAAAAUUGAUAUCCAAAUUGAUGGUGAUGCGAAUUGA